AUGAGUAACGAACUCGCCCGGGAACUGAAGCAGCUGCACGUCCCCGCGUCGCCCAUCAUCUUCACCAACGUCUGGGACCUGGCUUCCCUCAACGCAAUCCUGUCCCUAAACACCACCGACGCGAAGCCCGUAAAAGCCAUCGCAACCGCAUCGUGGGCAAUCGCCGCAACCUUGGGCGUGAAAGAUGAGGACCUCACGCUAGAGCAAAACAUGGCCGCAAUAGGUCAACUCGCGCCCGCCGCCAAAGCCGCAGGCUUACCGCUCUCCGUCGAUCUCCAAGACGGCUAUGGAGACCAAAUCGACGAGAUUGUGGCGGCGGCCGUCACGCUCGGUGCAAGCGGCGCCAACAUCGAAGAUAGCAUCCCGUCGGCCGGGUUCGAGAAGGGCAUCGACGGGUCCCUCUACGGCGUAGAAACGCAAGUCGCUCGUCUGAAGAGAGCGUUGGCGGCGGCCCGGGACGCGGGGUGUGCCGACUUUGUCCUCAAUGCCCGGUGCGAUGUAUUCCGCCUCGAGCCGUACUGCGCGAGCGACGAUGAGGGCGCGCUGGCGGAGGCCGUGAAGCGGGGCCGGGCGUAUUUGGAGGCCGGGGCCACGACUGUGUUUUUCUGGGGCGGUUCGGGACGGGGGCUAAGGGCUUCGGAGGUCCAGGUGCUUGUAGAUAAGCUCGGUGGGCGGAUUGCUGUUAAGCUCGGGGAUCGGCCAGAUUCGUUAUCGACCGGGGAGCUGGGCGAGAUCGGGGUGGCCAGGAUCAGUGUUGGGCCGAGCUUGUACCUGGUGGCGAUGAACGCAAUAAAGGAUUCAGCGAGGAGGAUUCUGGAUGGGGGUAAACUGGCGGCUUGA